AUGUCGUCACAAACCAGCGACAAACCCCCCAAAGCGACCGUUUUGCAAGAUGACCCGGCAAACUUGGCAAUAGCAAUUGUGGGAAUUGGCUUCCGGGGACCAGGGGAUGCCAAAAAUGUCGAGAAGCUGUGGGAAAUGAUUCUCACGGGUAGAGAGGCAUGGAGCCCAAUUCCAGCUGAGAGGUGGAACAGUGCAGCAUUCUAUCACCCGGAUCAUGCCCGCCAUGGAACGAUCAAUGUGGAAGGGGGUCACUUUUUGAAAGAUGAUGUAUCUGUCUUCGACGCGCCGUUUUUCAACAUGACAAGCGACGAGGCAGCGGCCAUGGAUCCACAGCAGAGAUUGCUCUUGGAGGUAGCAUAUGAAGGUCUUGAAAAUGCUGGCAUUCCCCUGACCAAAAUUAUGGGCACAAAAACUUCCUGCUUUGUAGGGUCUUUCUCUGCAGACUAUACGGAUCUCUUACUUCGGGAUCCCGAGUGUGUGCCCAUGUAUCAGUGCACAAACGCCGGACAAUCGCGUGCAAUGGCGGCAAACAGACUGUCUUAUUUCUUUGAUUUGAAAGGGCCCUGCGUCACGGUAGACACGGCUUGUUCUGGAAGCCUUGUGGCACUUCAUUUGGCAUGCCAAAGCCUCCAGACAGGGGACUCAUCAAUAGCGAUUGCAGCGGGAGUCAAUUUGAUCUUGAGUCACGAAUUUAUGUCAACGAUGAGCAUGAUGAAGUUUCUCUCCUCAGAUGGAAGAUGCCAUACCUUUGAUGAAAAGGCUAGUGGUUACGCGCGAGGCGAGGCAGCUGGCUGUCUCAUCCUCAAACCCCUGGCCAAGGCUCUACACGAUCACGACAAGAUCCGGGCCGUGAUACGAGGCACAGGUUCCAAUCAGGACGGGCGUACUGCAGGAAUAACGCUACCUAACGGGGCAGCCCAAGAAAGCUUGAUCAGGAGUGUCUAUACAAGGGCUGAUCUGGAUCCCUCGGAAACCGAUUUUGUGGAGGCUCAUGGGACAGGCACACUGGCUGGAGACCCAAUUGAGACCGGGGCAAUCGCUCGUGUCUUUGGAACUGGUCGUCCGCCUGACAAUCCUGUGCGAAUUGGCUCCAUCAAAACCAACGUCGGGCACUUGGAAGGCGCAAGCGGAGUAGCGGGUGUGAUCAAGGCAGUGCUAAUGUUGGAAAACCGCAUGUUCUUGCCAAACAGGAAUUUUGAGACAAUUAACCCGCGUAUCCCACUCGACGAUUGGAAACUCAAGGUUCAAUUGCGCCCUGAGCCAUGGGCGACUACGGGCCCUCGUCGAGUUUCAGUGAACAGCUUCGGGUACGGGGGAAGCAAUGCCCAUGUUAUUGUCGAAGAUGCCCAAAGCUGCUUAUCGAGCUGGGGAUUCAAAGAAUAUGACAUAAUCCAAUCUACAGCGACUAAAUAUCAUAACGAGACACCUCCUAGCCUGCCGCGUGGUUUAUCUCGCAUAUUCAUGCUCUCUGGGUUUGAUGAAAGAACCUGUGCACAGCAGAUGCAGGCUCUGAGCAAUCAUAUUCUCGAUAGGGGACAUGAAGUUGACCAUGAAAAGUUUCUGGACGAACUUGCCUUCACAAUAAACGAGCGACGAUCUGUCUUUCCAUGGAAGGCAGCCAUUGUCGGAGAUACGAUGGCAGGUUUGGCAGCCUCACUUUCUCAGAACAUCAAGGCUAGGAGCGCCGUACGACAGCCAACCCUUGGGUUUGUCUUUACUGGACAAGGCGCGCAGUGGGCUGGGAUGGGAAAGGAGCUGCUUCAGGCCUAUCCUGUCUUCAAAAGGUCGAUUUCGGGUAUUGACAGAUUUCUGAAUGACAUUGGAGCCCCUUUCACAGUGGAAGAGGAGAUCACAAAGUGUCCCCAGGACUCCCAUUUGAACCAUCCAAGUCUCAGCCAAACAGUGUGCACAGCCAUACAAAUUGCGCUGGUCGACUUGCUGGAAUCGUGGAAUAUACAUCCAGACUCCGUAACGGGUCAUUCCAGUGGGGAGAUCGCCGCUGCAUAUGCUACUGGAGCACUCAUAAUGGACGAUGCAAUGUCAUUGGCAUACUACCGAGGCGUUGUGGCAAGCCAGCUUCUGCAUGACCAACCGAACAGAGGUGCCAUGAUGGCAGUUGGGAUGUCUGCCGAAGAGAUACAGCCCUAUCUGGACGGAUUCCAGCCCCGACAGCUGGUGGUAGCAUGCAUCAACAGUCCAUCGAGUGUGACGAUAUCAGGUGAUACACUUGCAAUUGAUGCACUCGCCCAAACCUUAAAAGAACAGGAGGUUUUUAGUCGACGCCUCGAAGUAGGUGUCGCGUAUCAUUCUCCUCAUAUAGAACAGGUUGCCGAGAAGUAUUACAGCUUGAUAGACCAUAUCCAGCCCCGAGGACUGGAUCAGAUAGCGGGAGACAAGAGAGGAAGGUCGGGGUCGUUCUUUUCCUCGGUCACUGGAACGAUGAUUCCUUUGGAAGAAUUGGAUGCUCAGUAUUGGGUGUCAAACUUGGUUGGACAAGUGAAAUUUGCCAACUCGCUGAGGUCUUUGUGUUUUGAGACAAAUAGUCAACGUGCUGGGAAUACAGGGGGUUCCCGAAUACGAAAGGCUGGGGCAGCCCGAAAGCCUUCGGUGGAUUGUCUGAUCGAGAUCGGUCCCCACGCGGCACUUUCUGGGCCGAUCAAGCAGGUCCUCCAGGCGGAUGCAAAACUCAAUGCUGCCGAUAUAACCUAUAUUAGCAUUCUGACCCGGAAGGCCAACGCAGUUACUACAGCCCUCAGAGCAGUCGCCACACUAGGAUCACUCAACUGCCCCAUUGAAUUUAGUGCAAUCAACAGGCCCAUGGGGAGAAGCAAGAGUGGCACGCUACAGUUACUGGUUGAUCUUCCGACAUAUGCCUGGAAUCACACCAGGUCAUAUUGGGCAGAGCCACGACUGAGCAAGAUGUAUCGAAACCGAACCUCGCCGCGGAUGGAUUUACUUGGUGCACCAGACAACAUGGCAUGUCCAUUCGAGCCUCGCUGGAGAAAUUAUCUUCGGACUUCGGAGCUCCCUUGGCUUCUUGAUCACAGGAUACAGGGGAACAUUGUUUUCCCUGCCGCAGGGUAUUUGGUCAUGGCAAUUGAAGCAUCAGCACAGUUGAGCAAAGACGAAGAAAAGUUUGCGAGAUACGUGCUGCGAGAUGUGGCAAUACAAGCAGCCCUGGUGCUCAACGAAACUUCUGGCGUCGAGGUUAUGGUGUCUCUUCAAAAGACGACGCAAGACCAAGAACAGUUGUACAAUUUCCAUAUAUACUCCAUCUCGGAGGAUAACAGGUGGACUGAGCAUUGCACUGGACUGGUCGGGACACAGAAAAGUAUUGGCAUUUCAGGCGACGGAGUCGAGGAAACUGAUGGUUAUGCGACGGUCCCGUUGGGAACUGAAAUUCAUGGAAUAUCAGUGAUUGACGUCCGUAAUUUCUAUGACAAGCUUCAAAAUUCUGGUCUGGAAUAUGGGCCAUGUUUUGCGAAUAUCACAAAAGCACGUGUCACUCAAGACGGAACGUGCCUUGCAGAAGUCACUGUGCCAGAUACACUAUCUGUGAUGCCAGCAUCAUUUCAGCAUGAGCUUUUGGUCCAUCCUUGCACGCUGGAUAGUAUGUUCCACACCAUUUUUGCUGCUCUACCUCCAGGUAUGGGGCUUGAGGAAGGACCUGCAAUCCCUGUUUCAAUUGAAGAGAUGAUUGUAUCAUCCAGUCUCAGCUGCCCGGCAGGAGAACCCAUGAGUAUCUGUACCCAUGUGCGCCCGAUGCCAAACAAGGACGUGACAGCAUGCAUAGUAGCAGUGAAUUAUAACGCGACGCAAUUUGAAACCGAGCCAACCAUUUCACUUCGUGGCCUGCGAUGUGCACGGCUCGAGCGUCAUGAACCCGCGUCGCAGACAAAGGACAACCGUACAAUCUAUCAUAUUGACUGGAAACCCAAUCCGAGUUUUAUUUCCAGUAAGAAUGCCUCGUUUCUAUUUGGCAGGGAGGAUGCUAUUCAAGAGCCAGUCCUUCGAGCCGAGCAUGAUGAGAGUGCAGCUGGCUUCAUCCGAGCUGCGUUAGGGGAAGUCAGCACAACGGAGGCAAUGGGACUUGAUCCUUCUCAUCGCACAUUCCGGUGUUAUCUCCAAGACGUGCUUGAACGAAAUGAUAAACCCUCAAUAUCGUUAUCUCACUUGGAAAAUAUCAAUUCCGCCCCUAUGGGAAGGCUCCUGUCGGUCAUUGGCCAAAACCUUGCGGCUAUUAUUAGACACCAAGUUGACUUUUCCACCGUCAUCAAGGACGAUCGCCUUUUGGACGAGUUCUGGGAUCUAUUCUCAGCGGACGCCUCGUAUCAAGCAGCUGCAAAGUAUGUCAGUUUGAUUGGCCACGGAAAGCCAGACAUCUCCAUCCUUGAACUUGGCGUUGGCACAGGCCAGAUAGCGGAGAUAAUUCUACAGCAUCUUGUGACGCUCAACGAGACAGCCUGUUGCGGGAAAUAUACAUUUGCCCACGAAAGCGCUUCCGUGCUGGAGCAUACCUCGAAGCGGCUGGAGGCGUGGUCAAAAUGGGUUGAGUGCAAGCCCCUGGAUCUUGGCAAGGAUUUCUCCAAACAAGGAUUUGAAAAAAAUUCAUUUGACGUCAUAAUCCUGCCUCAUGGAUUGUGUACUGCUCGUUGUGAACAAUAUGCACUUAACAAGAUCCGUGAUCUUUUGAGACCAUCUGGCUAUUUGAUUGCAACCAAUCCCUUCGACCCAAAGAAGGAUGUGCUGAAAAAUCUCUUGUUCAGUGCCUUGCACUGCUUAUCUGCAGACGAAUUUUGUUUGGGCCAGGGUGGUUGGACAACGAGUCAAUGGGAUGAAAUCCUGCAAGAUGCGCAUUUCACCGAGGUUGAUGCCUAUGGGGAACAAGACUCCGAGAAGAGCCAUCAGUUUAUCGUUGCCAGAAAGCGAAAAGCCCAAAAGUCGCCCAGAAAGGUAUCUAUUAUUUGCGAAAACGAAACCGAGGCUGCCAGGAAUCUAGUCACUGCGCUCGAGAAUACUUCAUGUGAGGUGAAUGUGAUACACAUCGAUAAUCUGGAGUGUAAGGAUCAUAUUUGUUUGGUCUUGGAUACACCGAACUCCUCGCUGCUAGCCUCUCCCAAUGAAACUACAUUCAGCAAGAUAAAAGUAAUGUUUGCGCAGAGUGGAGGAGUCCUCUGGGUCACAAAGGGAGGGAUGAUUGAGCCCGUCAACCCAACCGCGGCUUUGGCGGUUGGGUUUGCAAGAACAGCGCGCGCCGAAUCCGGUGUCAAACCGAUUGUCACCCUUGACCUGGAUGCUCGAAAUCCUCUCUCGGAAUCUCAAGCCGCUGAGAUGAUCGCAAAACUUCUGGUUGCCCGAUUUCUUCGUGAAACCCCUGAUGAAGACACGGAAUAUGCGGAGAGAAAUGGGCAAGUCCUGAUUCCACGAGUACUAGAGAAUUCGAAGGCGAACAUGGCUAUGAACGGCAUUAAUGACAUUGAGGCUGUAUUCGAGCAGCCUUUCUAUCAGCUUCAAAAACCUCUCCGUCUUUCUAGAAAUUCUAACAACUCCGGCUUUGUUGGUGAUUCGCAGAUGACAGAACUCCCAGUCGGCUACAUCGGAAUCAAAGUUCAAUCCUUCGGUCUGAAUAAAUGGGAUAUUCAGACAGACCACCUUGACUGGGAAACAGACGACACUCUCGGUCUGGAGUGCAGUGGCAUAGUAUACAAGGUCGGCGCCGAGGUCCACGGCAUCACUAUAGGGGACCGGGUUGCUUGUCUUGGAGCUGGGACUGCGAGAAGCUUUUAUCACGAUCGGGCAUCAGCUUUUCAGCGGAUCAAUGAUGAAAUGUCAUUACAGCUGGCUUCGGCUUUGCCUCUAGCAUAUACCGUUGCUUAUUAUGUUGUGAACCACCUCUCAAUGGUCGAGUCAAAUGAUGUUGUUCUUGUCCAUGACGCUGGAAGCCACUUCGGCCAAGCACUUCUGGAAGUGUACCUGCUUAGGGAUGCUCGGGUCUUUGCGACAGUGAACGGCCCCGACGAAAAGGACUUGCUGAGCUCGAGGUUCGGGAUACCUGGGGAGCAUGUCUUCAUAAGCGGGAAGGGAGAUAUAGCCAAGGGGAUGUUGCGGUCAACUGAUGGCAAGAAAGCGAAUGUAGUAGUCACAUUCCAGAGCGCAGAGGAUAAAAUGCUCCAGAACUGCAUUGCGCCAUUUGGUCGGUUUAUUCAACUUCGAACAGACAACCUCAAGACCCGGCUCUUAUCACACCCUCGAAACAUGUCCCUGUCCACAAUCAAUAUAUUUGGGCUUCAAAAGGAGAGGACUGACCUUGCCAACCAGAUGUGGUCGAAGGUCUCUCGCUUGUUCCUAGAAGGACGACUCAAAGGGCCUGGCUUUACUGAUGUAUAUCAUGUUUCACAUAUUCAAGAGGCAAUGACGGCAAUCAAGACCCGACAGCAUGUUGUGGUUCAUGUGGAACAGAGUGAUCUUGUGAAGGCCACGCUCCCUAGGGCUACUCAGCCAUUGUUCCACUCAGAUGCGUCAUAUAUGCUCGUUGGUGGACUUGGUGGAAUUGGGAGGGAGGUUGCUCUGUGGAUGGCAAAAAACGGAGCGAAGAGUCUCAUUUUCGUCAAUCGAAGUGGCCUUUCAAAGUCUCAUUCUCAGGCAACAGUGAAGAAUCUGGCGGAAGAAGGUAUCCAGGUAACUACUCGAGCUUGUGACAUAUCCGACGAGACCGAAGUGCAGCGAAUGCUUCAAGAUAUCUCUUGUGGCAUGCCUCCAAUACGGGGACUGAUCCAGGCAGCCAUGGUCCUCAAGGAUGUUCAUAUUGAAAACAUGAUGUUGGACGAGUAUCGGGAUGUCAUGGGCCCGAAGUAUUAUGGCACUUGGAAUUUGCACCGACAUCUCCCUACCGAUCUUGACUUCUUCUUGAUGUUAUCGUCUAUAAGCGGCGUUAUAGGAAAUGCCACACAGGCUGCCUAUGCGGCCGGCAGCACUUUCAUGGAUGCAUUCGCCGCUUAUCGAAGAAAUUUAGGUCUUCCAACAGUAUCUUUGGAUCUCGGAACGAUUACAGAUGUUGGCCAUUUGGCUGAAAACAGAGAUUUAGCGGCAAAGAUGGAACGGCAAGGAUUCCAGGGAACUGAUACACCAACUCUUUUAUCCCUGAUACAAGUUGCAAUUUCUCAGUCAACUAGCGGAGCAGCACAACUCGUAACGGGCCUCGGCCGAUGGAAAGAAAUGGAAUCACUUGGGAACUUUGAUGUGCCCCUGUUUGCCCAUUUCCGGUACAAGUUCCAGGGCCAUGACAAAUCUACUGCGCUUGACGACUCGAUGGAAGGAUUAAAGGUUGAACUUGCGGCCGCAAAAACGGUGGAUCAAGCUACCGUUAUAAUCUCCGACGCUCUCAGCAGGAAAAUUGCCUCGCAUCUCUCUAUCCCCAUUGAAAAUAUCAAUUCUUCCAAUCCGGUCUCCGAGUAUGGAAUUGACUCCCACGUGGCCGUGGAGCUGCGCAACUGGGUAUCAAGGUCCAUGGACUGCACUGUCCCCAUUUUGGAGAUUCUAGCAAGGUCUAUGUUGGAGUUGUCUCAUAAAAUUGCCAGCCAAAGAUUCGAGGGCAAGUCGGAGUGA